AUGAGGACAGUUGGAAUAGGUAUAGAUUUGGGAUCUUCAAGCUUCAGAAUUGGUGUUUUUGAUUCGGAGACUGAUGAGCUAAUAGAGCAGGAAUCUCAUAAAGUUGGGUACCUUUACUAUAAGGAUAAUAUAUUCACACAAUCCACUCAUGAUAUUAUCAAAGCGAUAGACGUUACAUUUGCAAGACUUAAGCUAUCUAACUUUAAUGUCCGAUCGAUAGGUGUUGCGGCGACUUGCUCCAUGGUGGUCGGAAAGCAAGAUGGUAAUAAUUUGAUUCCUACUCAUAUAUAUGAAGAUUUUAAAACUGAUAAUUGUCAGGAUGUGCUGUUUUGGAUGCAUUCGGCGGCACGUAAAGAAACAAUGUAUCUGAACAAAACUGUAGACAAUCGCGUAUUAUCUUUCUUCGGAGGAAAAUUCUUUCCUGAAAUGGCCAUCCCAAAGCUUUUAAUGCUAAGCAAGAUAAAACUCAGAAAUGAAUUAACUGUGAUCGAUUUGCACAGAUGGUUACUUUGGAUUGUUUGCUUAAAACUGGAUUAUGACGUUAACCUUCCGGUCAAUGUAGUAAAUUCUAAUGGAAUUGGCCAUGACGGAGAACUUUUUGGAUGGAAAUCAGACUUUUAUGAUAAACUAAACUUAGACGGUAUCUUUAUUGGUAAUAAUAACGCAAUAGAUUCCAAAAUCUCAAUUGGUGAUAGUUGUAUUGAUUGCUAUUCCAGUUGGUUCCCUACCAUAAAGAAGGAAACACUCAACAAUGCUUUAUUUGCAAUCGCGGGAACAUCCACAUGCUUUCUAUAUGCAACUGAUAAAACCGAGAGGUUUUUCAAUGGAAUAUGGGGUCCUUUUAAAGAUAUACUAUUCAAUAGAGAUCACCAUCAGUCAAUAGAUCCUUUUUCAGUUUAUGAAAGUGGUAUCUCCAAAACUGGGUUGUUAUUGGAACAAUUGUUGUUGGAACAUCCAGUAAGUAAAAGCACUGAAGGUGACAUUCUGGGUUUAAUUGAAAAAGAGAUUCAGUUGAUAGAAAAAAAAGAAAACACAUCUAUACAUACUCUUGUUAAUGAACUAUACUACGAAGAAGAUGCAGCUUGCAAUGAAUCUCCAUUCAUAAAACAAAAUAAAAAUGGAAUUUCAAGACAACCUUAUAAUGAUGAUUUCAGAGAUAUUACUUUAAAAUACAUUGUGAUCGUGGAAACUCUAGCUUUUCAAAUCGCUGACGUGAUUCAAGUUUUCAGAGACAAUAAUUUGCAUAUUAAUACAUUUGUAAUAGUUGGAAGUCAAGCAAAAAAUAAAAGAAUGUUGAGCGUUUUAAAAUCAUUGUGUAAAAACCUUGAACUUUGGAGCACACAAGGUAAUGAGGACAAAAUCGGAGUGAAGGGAGCAUAUCUCUUAGGGAAAUCGCGCAGUAAUAACGAAUCACUUAUACAUAGUCUUGCUUCAUCAUCAGAAAAAUUAACCCGUAUUGACGUCUCUCUAAAAAUUUCAGCCAAAACCACUUCUUUACUAGAACAAAAGUACCUGAUUUAUAAAAGUUUGGUUAAUACAAAAAUGCGCUAA